CGCUCGAGUCGCUCGAGGCUGGAGUCUCUCCGCGGGCGCCCCCUCCCUGCCCCCUCCGCGGAGCGCGCGGAGCUGGUUUUCCGGGUUCCCCUGGACCGAGCUGGAUCCUGCUUCUCGCCAAGGCAGGAAGUGAGUUUCGCACGGUAAUUCCGGGCGGUGUCACGAGUGAAAAGUUCUUUUUUUUCCCCUUCGGCGAAGAUCCUAGUUGGGGCUGGGAAACUCCUGCAAAACUCGAGACCAGAAAACCAGCCCGCUUCCCAGCCCCCACCAAAGCAGCCUACUCGUCCUGCUGCGGGAGGCCACUCCACAUCCGCUCUCACCGGAGAGAGAUUCGGCUGGAGCCAAAGUGACUAAUGAAGGGAAGGAAAUCAUGUCUGGCGAAGCCCUGAGAAAGCUGCCCUGAGACACUGCCCGACCGAAAGAAUGUUGGCUCAAUUAAGAAACAGCAGGGAGAUAAAUUCAGCCCAGUGUGUCUAAAAAUGACUACAAAAAGAAGUUUGUUUGUGCGGUUGGUACCAUGUCGUUGUCUACGAGGGGAAGAGGAGACUGUCACUACUCUUGAUUAUUCUCAUUGCAGUUUGGAACAGGUUCCCAAAGAGAUUUUUACUUUUGAAAAAACUUUAGAGGAGCUCUAUUUAGAUGCUAAUCAGAUUGAAGAGCUUCCAAAGCAACUUUUUAAUUGUCAGUCUCUACACAAACUGAGUUUGCCAGACAAUGAUUUAACAACAUUACCAGCAUCUAUUGCAAAUCUCAUUAAUCUCAGGGAACUGGAUGUCAGCAAGAAUGGAAUACAAGAGUUUCCAGAAAAUAUAAAAAAUUGUAAAGUUUUAACAAUUGUGGAAGCCAGUGUAAACCCUAUUUCCAAGCUUCCCGAUGGAUUUUCUCAGCUGUUAAACCUAACCCAGUUAUAUCUGAAUGACGCUUUUCUUGAGUUCUUGCCAGCUAAUUUUGGCAGAUUGAUUAAACUCCAGAUAUUAGAACUUAGAGAAAACCAGUUGAAAAUGUUGCCAAAAACCAUGAAUAGACUGACCCAACUGGAAAGACUGGAUUUGGGAAGUAAUGAAUUCACAGAAGUGCCUGAAGUACUUGAGCAACUAAGUGGAUUGAAAGAAUUUUGGAUGGAUGGUAAUAGACUGACUUUUAUUCCAGGGUUUAUCGGUAGUUUAAAACAGCUCACAUAUUUGGAUGUUUCUAAAAAUAAUAUUGAAAUGGUUGAGGAAGGAAUUUCGGCAUGUGAAAACCUGCAGGACCUCCUAUUAUCAAGCAAUUCACUUCAACAACUGCCUGAGACUAUUGGUUCAUUGAAGAAUGUAACGACUCUUAAAAUAGAUGAAAAUCAAUUAAUGUUUCUACCAGACUCUAUAGGAGGGUUAAUAUCAAUAGAAGAACUGGAUUGUAGCUUCAAUGAAGUCGAGGCUUUGCCUUCAUCUGUUGGGCAGCUUACUAAUAUAAGAACUUUUGCAGCAGAUCAUAAUUACUUACAACAGUUACCCCCGGAGAUUGGCAGCUGGAAAAAUAUAACUGUACUGUUUCUUCAUUCCAAUAAACUUGAGACACUGCCUGAGGAAAUGGGUGAUAUGGAAAAAUUAAAAGUCAUCAACUUAAGUGACAAUAGAUUAAAGAAUUUGCCCUUUAGCUUUACAAAGCUACAGCAAUUGACAGCUAUGUGGCUCUCAGAUAAUCAGUCCAAACCCCUGAUACCUCUUCAAAAAGAGACUGAUUCAGAGACCCAGAAAAUGGUGCUUACAAACUACAUGUUCCCUCAGCAGCCAAGGACUGAGGAUGUUAUGUUCAUAUCAGAUAAUGAAAGUUUUAAUCCUUCAUUGUGGGAGGAACAGAGGAAGCAACGGGCUCAAGUGGCAUUUGAAUGUGAUGAAGACAAAGAUGAAAGAGAGGCACCUCCCAGGGAGGGAAAUUUAAAGAGAUAUCCAACACCAUACCCAGAUGAGCUUAAGAAUAUGGUCAAAACUGUUCAAACUAUUGUACAUAGAUUAAAAGAUGAAGAGACUAAUGAAGACUCUGGAAAAGAUUUGAAACCACAUGAAGAUCAGCAAGUUGUAAAUAAUGAUGUGGGUGUGAAGACUUCAGAAAGUACUUCUCCAAUAAGAAGCAAAGCUGAUGAAAAAGAAAAUUAUGUGAUAGGAAAUUCUAUACAGAAGACCAGUGAACCUGAAGCUGAGAUCAGUCCUGGGAGUCUGCCAGUGUCUGCAAAUAUGAAAGCUUCUGAGAACUUGAAGCAUGUUGUUAAUCAUGACGAUGUUUUUGAGGAAUCUGAAGAACUUUCUUCUGAUGAAGAAAUGAAAAUGGCAGAGAUGCGACCGCCAUUAAUUGAAACAUCUAUUAACCAGCCAAAAGUGGUAGCACUUAGUAAUAACAAGAAAGAUGAUACAAAGGAUACAGAUUCUUUAUCAGAUGAAGUUACACACAAUAGCAAUCAGAAUAACAGCAACUGUUCUUCUCCAUCUCGGAUGUCUGAUUCAGUUUCUCUUAAUACCGAUAGCAGUCAAGAUACCUCACUCUGCUCUCCAGUGAAACAAACUCAUAUUGGUAUUAAUUCAAAAAUCAGGCAAGAAGAUGAAAAUUUUAACAGCCUUUUACAAAAUGGAGAUAUUUUAAACCAUUCAACAGAGGAAAAAUUCAAGAUUCAUGAUAAAAAUGAUUUUAACUUACCUGAAGCUCUUAUUGAGAAAGAUGACUCAACAGCCACAUCUGAUGAAUCUCACAAAUUAGACCAUAUCAAUAUGAAUCUUAAUAAACUUGUAACUAAUGAUACAUUUCAACCAGAGAGAGCAGAAAGAUCAAAGACACAGGAUAUAGUGCUUGGAACGGGAUUUUUAAGCAUUAAUGCUAAAGGAGAAGCUGAGCACUUGGAAAAUGGAAACAAGUAUCCUAAUCUGGAAUGUAUAAAUAAGGUAAAUGGACAUUCUGAGGCAACUCCACAGUCUCCUAGGAGGACUGAACCACUUGACACUGAUUCUUCUGUCGAUAUGGGUAUUUCCAAAAGCACUGAAGAUCUCUCCCCUCAGAGAAGUGGGCCAAUUGGAUCUGUUGUGAAAUCUCAUAGCAUAACUAAUAUGGAGACUGGAGGGUUAAAAAUCUAUGACAUUAUUAGUGAUAAUGGACCCCAGCAGCCAAGUGCAACAGUUAAAGUCACAUCUACUGUUGAUGGGAAAAAUAUAGUCAGAAGUAAGUCUGCUACGCUUUUAUAUGAUCAACCACUGCAGGUAUUUACUGCUUCUUCUUCAUCUUCUGAUUUAAUAUCAGGUACAAAGGCGAUUUUCAAAUUUGAUUCAAAUCAUAAUCCUGAAGAGCCAAAUAUAAGAGGACCCACAACAAGUGGCCCACAAUCUAUGCCUCAAAUAUAUGGUCCUCCACAAUAUAAUAUUCAGUAUAGCAGCAGUGCUUCAGUCAAGGACACUUUGUGGCACUCCAAACAAAACCCUCAAAUAGAUCAUGUCAGUUUUCCUCCUCAGCGCCUUCCUAGAUCAGAAAGCACAGAAAAUCACAGUUACGCUAAACAUUCUGCCAAUAUGAAUUUCUCUAACCAUAACAACAUUCGAGCUAGUACCGGAUACCAUUUACAUCCGAGACUUGGCCCAGGAAGACAUGGGGACAUGUGGGCCAUCUCACCAAAUGACCGCCUCGUUCCUGGAGCAACUCGAAAUACAGUUCAGCGACAAAGCAGCGUGUCAUCCACAGCCUCUGUAAAUCUUGGUGAGCCAGGUCCCACCAGGCGGGCACACGUCCCCGAAGGAGAUUAUUUAUCGUACAGGGAGUUACACUCAGUUGGAAGAACUCCUCCAGUGAUGCCAGGAUCACAGAGACCUCUUUCAGCACGAACAUACAGCAUCGAUGGUCCAAAUGCAUCUAGGCCUCAGAGUGCUCGACCUUCGGUUAGUGAAAUACCAGAGAGAACUAUGUCAGUUAGUGAUUUCAAUUAUUCACGGACUAGUCCUUCAAAAAGACCAAAUGCAAGGGUUGGUUCUGAGCAUUCUUUAUUAGAUCCUCCGGGAAAAAGUAAAGUUCCUCUUGAUUGGCGAGAACAAGUACUACGACACAUUGAGGCCAAAAAGUUAGAAAAGAAGCAUCCCCAGACAUCCUUUCCAGGAGAUCCUUGUCCAGAUGGUAUAUUCAUUUCAGAACAGCACAGCUACUCAUCAGCUACACUUAGUCACAGAGAUGUUCCUCCAGACAGCUUGAUGAAAAUACCUUUGAGUAAUGGACAGAUGGGCCAGCCUCUCAGGCCUCAGGCAAAUUAUAGUCAAAUACAUCACCCCCUUCCUCAGGCAUCUGUGGCAAGGCAUCCCUCUAGAGAACAACUAAUUGAUUACUUGAUGCUGAAAGUGGCCCACCAGCCUCCAUAUACACAGCCCCAUUGUUCUCCUAGACAAGGCCAUGAACUGGCAAGGCAAGAGAUUCGAGUGAGAAUUGAAAAGGAUCCAGAACUUGGAUUUAGCAUAUCAGGAGGUGUUGGGGGAAGAGGAAACCCAUUCAGACCCGAUGAUGAUGGUAUAUUUGUAACAAGGGUACAGCCUGAAGGACCAGCAUCAAAAUUAUUGCAACCAGGUGAUAAAAUUAUUCAGGCUAAUGGCUACAGUUUUAUCAAUAUUGAACAUGGACAAGCAGUGUCCUUGCUAAAAACUUUCCAGAACACAGUAGAACUCAUCAUUGUACGAGAGAUUUCUUCAUAAGAACUGUGGACAAAAAAAGGGGGAACACAGCAAGAUUUAUUGGAAGUUGUGUACUUGCAAGAGAAAUUAAUAUUUUGACUAUUUUUAUAUAUAAAGAGGAACUCAAAAAAUUA